GCUAUUUAUACUACUAUGGUAUAUCUCAUGUAAACAUACAUUUUUCUGUUCCUUCCCUUAGGGUCGUUGAAGUUGAUAAAAAAAAAAUGGCUAAGAUGUUUGGUAUUUUUGCAUGCUUACUGAUUGUAGCCUUAGACGCCAUAGCUGGGAUUCUUGGAAUCAAAGCAGAAGCAGCUCAAAACCAGGAAAAGCACCUGAAGUUGUGGUUGUUCGAGUGUAAAGAGCCAAGUCAUGAUGCUUUUGUACUAGGUGUAGCUGCAGCUUGUCUUCUUGCAAUAGCACAUGUUCUAGCCAAUCUUCUUGGAGGUUGCAGCGUUUGCACUACUGAUGACAUUAAGAAAGCUCCCCCAAGCAGCCAACUAUCAAUGGCUUGUCUUGUUUUUACUUGGAUCAUAAUGGCUAUAGCAAUGGGAUUGCUCGUAAUUGGGACAAUGGCAAACAACAAGUCAAGAGCUUCCUGUGGGUUUUCACAUCAUCACUUCUUCUCUAUUGGUGGAAUUUUAUGUUUUGUCCAUGCCAUCUUUUCUGUUGCAUAUUUUACCACAGCUUCAAUGAUACAUACUUGCCCCAUAGUCUAAUAUUAUCAACUACUUUUCCCACGGCAAACCCUUUUUUAAGAUUGCAAGUUCUUGAUUUUCUACUUAGUUCUUUUUUUUUUUUUUUUGGUUUCGUCUUCUUUCUUGGGGCUGUCAGAUAAUGGAAUAUAUUUUGGUAGAGUGGAACUCUCUGGCUUAGCCUA